UUUCCCCGCCCAGCGCGGGUCUGCGCCCCCUCCCCGCCUGGCCUUGGAGGAGGGCGGACGGAGGCACCUCCCCCGAGUGCGGAUAGCCCGCCAGCUCCCGCAGACCGGCUCCUGCGCCCCACCCGCGGCCGUCUCACGGCCUCGCCAGCUCACCCUAGCUUGACUCUCCGCUAGGGCAGCGGAGAGGGGGCGAGGAGGAGGAGCCAAGGAGCUGGGAGGGGAGGAAGGUUCCCACCCGGACACUCCGCGGAGGGCUCUGUCUGCAGGAGCGCCUGCUCCCUGGCUCGCGGCGGGAGGAAUUUCUUGGAAGAAACAAAAUGACUGGGAAAAACAAACAAGAAAAACACAACACUGAAUCCAACCCUGAACUAUAUCUGGAAAAUAGCCAUGCUGUCAUUACCUUGAGAAGGAGUCCAGAAGUCAAAGGAGGCGGUGGGGCUGAACAUAUAGGUGGGAUUUAGAUCAGGAAACUAAGGCCUCAGGGGAGGAGCUGCUUUGCCAAAGCCAUACAAAAUGACUUGGCCAGCCUUCCUCAGGGACAGCCUGGCUAUUUGGAUCAGGCUGCCUGGGCAGACUGUGAGGGUCGUCUGCAGAAAAGAAGAAACAGUGCCAGCUUCUAGUGUGCAUUCCAAGUUCCACAUUCCGCCUGCAGACUCCCGGCGCCAGAGCAAAGGCUGGCCCUCGGUAGUGGACGGGAAAUGGAACUCUGGAGACUCUCCUGAAACUCUGCCCAAAUCAAAGGAACCAGAGGGUCUGCCAGCUCUUCCUCCAUCUCGUUUUCCAGGAGCAGCCAUGGCCCUGAAUGAUAUUGAUGUGCAGAAGCGGAUUAAGCACAUGCUGGCUUUCAUUGAGCAGGAAGCCAAUGAAAAGGUAGAAGAAAUAGAAGCCAAGUCUGAGGAGGACUUCAACAUCGAGAAAGGACAUCUUGUGCAAACUCAACGACUGAAGAUUAUGGAGUACUAUGAGAAAAAGGAAAAGCAGAUAGAGCAGCAGAAGAAAAUCCAGAUAUCCACUGUAAGAAAUCAAGCAAGGCUGAGGGUCCUGACAGCUCAAAACAACCUCAUCUCAGAGCUGCUGGAUGACGUGAAGGUAAAACUCUCCAGGCUUGUGGAAGACCCAGAAGUAUACCAGAGGCUGUUGUAUAAACUGGUGCUCCAGGGUCUGCUCCGACUGCUGGAGCCUGUGAUGAUUAUACGCUGCAGGCCACAGGACCACCUCCUAGUAGAGGAUAUACUGCAAAAAGCCAUCCCUGAAUACAAGACAGUCUCCCAAAAAAAUGCAAAAGUCCAAGUUGAUCGAGAGGUGCACCUGCCUAUGAACACAGUGGGAGGUGUGGAGGUCUACAGUGGAAAUCAUAGAAUAAUGAUUUCCAAUACCCUAGAAAGUCGACUGGAUCUGAUAGCUGAGCAAACGAUGCCAGAGAUACGAAAGGCCUUAUUUGGAAUCAAUCCCAACAGGAAGUUUUUCAAGUAAACCUUUGGGAAAUGAACUGCUGAGCCAUAAAAGCAUAAGUUAUUAAGGCAAAGGAAACUAGUCAAGUUUCUUCCUCUCUGCUGCUCUGAUAGUAGUCUAUCUUCUAUGAAAUACCCUUUGAACAACUAAAGGCAUUAUACUUUGGAAUAAA